GGACUAUAAACAUAAAUAAAUAGCUCUCUACCUUUAGCUGAAAGAAAACCCCAAGCGCUCUCAUAAUUUUUCUUGUUCCUCUCUGCCAAAAUAAUCUUUCUCUUUCUCUGUCUCUGUCUGUGUUUCUCUCUCUCUCUUUCUCUCUGCGUUAAAACCAAGGCCAAAGCAAAGCAGAGAAGAAGUGAGCGAUGAUGAGCACUAUGUGGGCUUUCAUGGCGAGCUGGUUCACACCCUCUUCGCUUUUCGUUUUCGUCAACCUCACCAUCAUCACCAUCUUUCUCACCUCCCGUUUCACCUCUCACAGAAAACCACACCAACAAGAACAACAUCAACAACUGGUACGAGUACCCUCUGUGUUAGAACGAGUCAGCUCCUUCAACUUUUCGCUCUACAAGUUCGACCAACCCAACAACCCAGAACCACCGGUGCUCUCCGAAUAUCCGACCCUCCAGCACUCCGAACCCGAGCAUGUCAACCUGGAUCCUCCAACCCAAAUCGCCAGAACUCCUUCCCUUCUCGAACGGCUCAAGUCUAUAUCCGUUCUGUACCGGUCCGACUCGGCCACUCCAGAACCCGAAACUGACACAGACGAGUCGGAAGAGCAUGUUAACCCGGAUCCUCGGACCCAAAUCGCCAGAACUCCUUCCCUUCUCGAACGGCUCAAGUCUAUAUCCGUUCUGUACAGGUCCGACUCGGCCACUCCAGAACCUGAAACCGACACAGACGAAUCGGAAGACGAAAUUGCGGAUCCGGAUCAUGAACAUUUGGUGAGGAGGAGCAAGUCCGACAGGGUUGGUGGUGUUGUGGUAAAGCCGGGCGAGAAGAUGACGAAAUCGGCGAGCGAGAAAUCGACGCUGGAAAAGAAGAGGGAAACGGCGUUGCUUGGGUACGACGAAGAGGUGGAUGCUAAGGCUGACGACUUCAUCAAUAGGUUUAAGCAACAGUUACGUCUGCAAAGGCUCAACUCUCUUCUAAGUUCUAGAGGAAAGUAAUCAUUUUUUUAAUGUCCCACCUAUUCAUUUCCGACUUUUUUUUUUUCUUUUUAUUAUUUUUAAAAUUUUGGUUUUUAUCUAGGAUUUUUCUAAAAACACAAAAUUUUUCACAACUUAUGGAUCAUAACUCAUAAUUUGGAAGAAUAUUACGCCAUUUUGUUAUGAAAUGAUUAAGAGACCUCCUUAUAAAAAGAAGUUUGUGAAAAAUUUUGUGCCUUUCUUAGAUUUAUUGUAUUGGGUGGGAAUUUUCAAUUUAGGCUUUUUCAUGUAUUUUUAGAAUUGAAGGUGGGAAUGUAAGGUUGUGCCCUAGCAAAUUCUACUUUUGUAUUUUUGUUUUGGAAAUGUUUGAGGGUAUAAUGGUCAUUUCAGCUCUUGAUGGCACUACAAGGAGUGAUUUGUGUCAGUGAGGAGGAGGGCUGAGGCUUUGAAGGGUUGGUCAUUGGUAGGAAGGGGAAGAAGUGAAAAUAGCCCUUGUGUUCAUGGGUGUCUUUGGAAAAUGACAAAGUUGACCUCUUGGGCUUGCAUUGGACUUUGAUUGAAUUUCAUGGGGGUCAUUCUGUCAUUUGGCUUCUUUCAGGUUUAUUAAAAUGAUGUAAUUAUUAAGUUAUUUGGGAUUGUUACUUAUUAUUUUGUGUCA